UGGAAAAGAAUACUAAUAUUUUUUAUUAUUAUUUUGUUUUUUGCUUAAUUAAUAUUUCUAACUAUUUAAGCGAAGAACGGCCACUUCUUCUCUCUCUCUCUCACAGUACAAUUGAAUUUCCCUUUCCAAACCCUAGCUGGCUCCUCCAAAUUGCAGUGUAUAACAAUAGAAUUAUUAUUACAUAAUCAAAUGGACAAUCAAGACGCUGCUGCUGCUGCUGAACCGGUCAAAGCCAAAGCCCUUACAAAAUACCCAUUUGGUGCUGCUUCAGAAUUGGGGGUAAUAAAGAAACCCCUCCCAUAUCCUUUACUCAGCGGCCUCCCUCCUGUUACUGAUAUUUUUAUUGACGAAAGCAUUGAGUUGGACGAAAACUAUGAGGAGAAAAAUGAUAAGGGAUUUUUCCCUGCGGAGUAUGGAACUCCAUUUGCACCUCGUCCAUUUCUAGCAAUGGCAAUAUUUGUAAUGAAAGAGCAUAGCAAGAGAAUGGACAAUGAGGUGGAACUUAAAUAUGUGGUCCGAGUUAAUCAAGGACGUGUUGUGAACUGGAAUUUGAAUUCAUUCACACAUUAUUUAAUAUUGAGGGGUAAUGAUGGGUGGAUUUACCUAGCUAAGAUUUGGUCAAAAUUUAUACCAGAGCGUGGCUUGGCUCUCUGGUUUAAAAUGUCUAGAGGUGGUGGUGAACCAACAAGCUCAAAGCUGAUUUCAAGACGUAAAUAUUGGCCCAAACCAAGAAAGAUAAUUUGGGCUACGCCGCCAGGUAGGAAGCCUCCUAACUUUGACUGGCCAUAAUCAUCUCUAACUAGGCCUAACAUUAGCUCCAACUCUUUUAGAUGCCCUAGGCUGCAUGAUAGAGCGCUUUGGACAUUAGUUAGUUAAGGAGCAUUGUUUGGGUAUUAGAGUGCCACUGGUGCCUACUCUUUUUAGGGGUGACGUUUUGUGAUUGGUUAGUGAUCUUUAAAACUUAUUAUUUUGAAUUGUACAAGACCAAAUGUUUUAUUUAUUUAUUUAUUUAUUUUAAUGAUUCAGCAUUUAGAUA